AUGAUGAAGCAUUACGCUGCGCGGUCAUUUGGCUGCGACGAUCCAAGUGCCCUGUGGGGAAUGGAACUUGGCGGCACAGAUGCGCCGUUCUUGAUGGGCCUGAUUUUAAGUGUUGCAGGGUCGGGCAUGAUGGUGCGAUGGAUGCUGCUUGUGCCAGUCGCACUGUUCUCUGUGCUUGGAUACGCGGCUGCUGCCUACCUCAUCGGCAGCCCAGACAUGAGGUUGGCCCGGCUGAAUCUGACCGCCUUCGCCCUCAUCGUUCUCGUGACCUGCUGCGGCAAGUGGAGCUGCGAACUUCAGGCCCGCCUGUUCCACCUCUCGCAUCUGAGGGAGAAGAGGAUGCCCUUCCAGGCCGAGCUUCCCUCCGAGCGCCUGCAGGCCGACUGCGGCGGCGGCGCGAGGCGCGGGCAGUGCUCGCCGCGAUCUGCUCCGAGCGCGCCCCCGAGCGCGCCGGCCCCGCUCGGCCCGGCCGCCGCAGGGGGCGCGGCCGAGGGAGCCCGCCCCUGCCCGCGGGAGGCCAGCGGCGAGGCCGCCCCUGAGUGCUCGGACUGCCUGCCGCUGGACGCCAGGGUGUGGGUCGAGGGCUGCGCCGGCCCCCGCGCACUGCGAGACAUCGAGCCAGGUCAGCGGGUGCUCUGCCACGACGCGCUGGGGCGGUCGAACCGGUACGCCCGGGUGCUCGAGAAGCAGGUCGCCUUCGGAGACGCCCCCUGGGUCCGCGUCGGCCUCGCGGACGGGACGCAGCUGGCGAUGACGGCCGACCACCCCGUGAAACCUGCCAACGGCGAAGAGGUGGUUCGGGCUGCAGACUUGGCCGCAGGAAGGGACAGAGUGGUUGUGCACAGGGUAAUGACGGGGCCCGUCGCGGUGACGGAGGUGUCGCCGCAGCCAGGUGCGCAGUGCCCGCGCGGGCGGGCCUACCUGGUGGUCCAGCAGCCCGAUCGGCACAUGGUCCUGGUCGCCCCGGCGGGGGCGGAGGCGGAGGUGAGCUCGCUGGCAGUGUGCUCCGCGGACGUGGCGGUCGUCCGCUCGCGGCGGCACCGGGUGAGCACCAGCGGCACCUUCCUGCACGUCCACCUGGCCCCUCAGGGCGAGGCGCGGCGGCCGGCCCGGCCCCGCUCCGAGCCGCCCAGGCGCGGCCCG